GAGGAGGCGGCGGCGGAGGAGGAGGCGGCGGCGGAGGAGGAGGCGGCGGCGGAGGAGGAGGCGGCGGCGGAGGAGGCGGCGGCGGCGGAGGAGGAGGCGGCGGCGGCGGAGGAGGCGGCGGCGGAGGAGGCGGCGGCGGAGGAGGCGGCGGCGGAGGAGGCGGCGGCGGAGGAGGCGGCGGCGGAGGAGGCGGCGGCGGAGGAGGCGGCGGCGGAGGAGGCGGCGGCGGAGGAGGCGGCGGCGGAGGAGGCGGCGGCGGAGGAGGCGGCGGCGGAGGAGGCGGCGGCGGAGGAGGCGGCGGCGGAGGAGGCGGCGGCGGAGGAGGCGGCGGCGGAGGAGGCGGCGGCGGAGGAGGCGGCGGCGGAGGAGGCGGCGGCGGAGGAGGCGGCGGCGGAGGAGGCGGCGGCGGAGGAGGCGGCGGCGGAGGAGGCGGCGGCGGAGGAGGCGGCGGCGGAGGAGGCGGCGGCGGAGGAGGCGGCGGCGGAGGAGGCGGCGGCGGAGGAGGCGGCGGCGGAGGAGGCGGCGGCGGAGGAGGCGGCGGCGGAGGAGGCGGCGGCGGAGGAGGCGGCGGCGGAGGAGGCGGCGGCGGAGGAGGCGGCGGCGGAGGAGGCGGCGGCGGAGGAGGCGGCGGCGGAGGAGGCGGCGGCGGAGGAGGCGGCGGCGGAGGAGGCGGCGGCGGCGGAGGAGGCGGCGGCGGAGGAGGAGGCGGCGGCGGAGGAGGCGGCGGCGGAGGAGGAGGCGGCGGCGGAGGAGGCGGCGGCGGAGGAGGCGGCGGCGGCGGAGGAGGCGGCGGCGGAGGAGGAGGCGGCGGCGGAGGAGGCGGCGGCGGAGGAGGCGGCGGCGGAGGAGGAGGCGGCGGCGGAGGAGGCGGCGGCGGAGGAGGCGGCGGCGGAGGAGGCGGCGGCGGCGGAGGAGGCGGCGGCGGCGGAGGAGGCGGCGGCGGAGGAGGCGGCGGCGGCGGAGGAGGCGGCGGCGGAGGCGGCGGCGGCGGAGGAGGCGGCGGCGGAGGCGGCGGCGGCGGAGGAGGCGGCGGCGGAGGAGGCGGCGGCGGAGGAGGCGGCGGCGGAGGAGGCGGCGGCGGAGGAGGCGGCGGCGGAGGAGGCGGCGGCGGAGGAGGCGGCGGCGGAGGAGGCGGCGGCGGAGGAGGCGGCGGCGGAGGAGGCGGCGGCGGAGGAGGCGGCGGCGGAGGAGGCGGCGGCGGAGGAGGCGGCGGCGGAGGAGGCGGCGGCGGAGGAGGCGGCGGCGGAGGAGGCGGCGGCGGAGGAGGCGGCGGCGGAGGAGGCGGCGGCGGAGGAGGCGGCGGCGGAGGAGGCGGCGGCGGAGGAGGCGGCGGCGGAGGAGGCGGCGGCGGAGGAGGCGGCGGCGGAGGAGGCGGCGGCGGAGGAGGCGGCGGCGGAGGAGGCGGCGGCGGAGGAGGCGGCGGCGGAGGAGGCGGCGGCGGAGGAGGCGGCGGCGGAGGAGGCGGCGGCGGAGGAGGCGGCGGCGGAGGAGGCGGCGGCGGAGGAGGCGGCGGCGGAGGAGGCGGCGGCGGAGGAGGCGGCGGCGGAGGAGGCGGCGGCGGAGGAGGCGGCGGCGGAGGAGGCGGCGGCGGAGGAGGCGGCGGCGGAGGAGGCGGCGGCGGAGGAGGCGGCGGCGGAGGAGGCGGCGGCGGAGGAGGCGGCGGCGGAGGAGGCGGCGGCGGAGGAGGCGGCGGCGGAGGAGGCGGCGGCGGAGGAGGCGGCGGCGGAGGAGGCGGCGGCGGCGGCGGAGGAGGCGGCGGCGGAGGAGGCGGCGGCGGAGGAGGCGGCGGCGGAGGAGGCGGCGGCGGAGGAGGCGGCGGCGGAGGAGGCGGCGGCGGAGGAGGCGGCGGCGGAGGAGGCGGCGGCGGAGGAGGCGGCGGCGGAGGAGGCGGCGGAGGCGGCGGCGGAGGAGGCGGCGGAGGAGGCGGCGGAGGAGGCGGCGGAGGAGGCGGCGGAGGAGGCGGCGGAGGAGGCGGCGGAGGAGGCGGCGGAGGAGGCGGCGGAGGAGGCGGCGGAGGAGGCGGCGGAGGAGGCGGCGGAGGAGGCGGCGGAGGAGGCGGCGGAGGAGGCGGCGGAGGAGGCGGCGGAGGAGGCGGCGGAGGAGGCGGCGGAGGAGGCGGCGGAGGAGGCGGCGGAGGAGGCGGCGGAGGUUGUUGUUGUUGGGAUGUUUAAGGGGGACUAA